AUGGCGCCCGCCAGGGGGUCCGCGCCCGCGGCGCCGUCUGCGUCACGGCUGACACCUGGCCUGUGGACGACGACGACUGCCACAACGGCGGCGGCGGCUACGACGGUCUGGCGCACGGGCCUUGGACCUUGGGAGGGAGGUCGCCUGCGCGGCGGGUUGGGGUUGCGCCUGCGGGAGCUGGGGGGCCAGGGGGAGGAGGCAGGCGCCGAUCCGCAGGGCAUGUGCCCGCACGCGCCGCAGGGCCGCCGCUCCGGGGACGCGCCCCGUCGAGCUCCAAAUCGUUUUAUUACUACGUGCGAGGCCCGGGCGCACAUCCGAUUAGAUGCCGCGGCACCCGAGACCUCCGGAGCCGCCAGAUCUUAG